AUGGUCAAUUCUUGUGGCUCCGUCUGCUCUGACCAGGGCUGUGGCCAAGGCUGCUGCCAGGAGACCUGCUGCUGCCCUCCCACCUGCUGUCAGACCACCUGCUGCAGGACCACCUGCUGCCGCCCCAGCUGCUGUGGUUCUAGCUGCUGCCGCCCCAGCUGCUGCGUGUCCAGCUGCUGCCGCCCCACCUGCUGUGUGUCUAGCUGCUGCCGCCCCUCUUGCUGUGGCUCCAGCUGCUGUGGUUCCAGCUGCUGCCGCCCCACCUGCUGCAUUUCUAGCUGCUGCCGCCCCUCUUGCUGUGGCUCCAGCUGCUGUGGUUCCAGCUGCUGCCGCCCCAGCUGCUGCCAGACUCCCUGCUGCCGCCCCAGCUGCUGUGUGUCCAGCUGCUGCCGCCCCAGCUGCUGUGGUUCCAGUUGUUGCAGGCCCAGCUGCUGUGUGUCCAGCUGCUGCCGUCCAGUCUGCUGCCAGACCACCUGCUGCCGUACCACCUGCUGCCGCCCAGUCUGCUGUGGAUCCUCUUGUUGUUGA